AUGGAACUAAUUAACGUAUAUAUUUUAGUUAAUUUAGCACUUUCCAUCCAGAAAGUUUGGAUAAGAGUUAACUAAUCUUUAUUAUAGACCUUAAACUAGAUUAAACUUAUCACAAUUAAAAAAGAAAGCCGAAUCAACCAAUACUUCAAUGAGACAUAAAUCUUAAAGAGAUAUAAAUAAUAAUAAUGUUUGGUACUAAGUGUCAAUAAAGAAAAGAACAAGUAGUUAACAUAGCAGUGGAGAUUCAGUCACUCAUAGAUAAAAAUCUUCUAGAUGUUCAAGUAGAAAUCAAACAAUAUAAACUGUGAGAUUUUGUGAUGUCAAAUAAAUACUUAUUGAUGAAUAGAAUAAGCAAUUUAUUGAAAAUAUAGAUAUGGUAUAUUCAAAUAAACCUUAGUAUUGUAGUGUUUAUGCCUAUGAUAUUUAAGAAUAUAUGAAAUCUAUUGAAUUAUCAUACUAGUUUAGUGUUUAACAGUACUUUCAUCAUUAACCUUAAGUAACUCAGAAAAUGAGAACUAUUUUAAUAGAGUGGAUUAUAGAUGUGACAUCAAAGUUCAGAUUGAAAUAAGAAACAUUAUAUUUGACAAUAAAUUUACUUGAUAGAUAUAUGUUGACAACUCCAGUUUCUAAAAAUAUAUUAUAACUUAUCGGAGUCUCUGCAUUAUUUAUAGCAAGUAAAUUAGAAGAGGUGCACUAAUUGAUGGCUAAAGAUUUAGCUUAUAUUACAGAUAAAACAUAUACGAAAGAAUAAAUUUUAUAUACAGAAUCACUUAUAUUGAAACAGCUAAACUUUAAUCUAACAACUCCAACAAUAAUUUAUUUUUUAACUAGAUACUAAAAUAUAUGUCCUUUAAAUUUAAAACAUUUCUACUAUUGUCAAUUAUUAAUUGAAAUUUACUUAUUAUUACAACCUUAGACUCAUAAUAGUAGUUUAUUAGCUGCAGCCUCAUUUUGGUUGAUUAGAAAAUAAAAGAAAUAUAACCCUAUAUGGCCAGAAGAAUUAGAAAUUAUUAGUAAUUGUAAUGAGAAUAAAUUACAUACAAUAGUUAAAGUGCUUUAAUCAUGUUAAUUAGAAUUUCAAACAAGAUAGAAUAUAUUUAAUUCAUUAUAUACUAAAUAUUCUUAGUAUAAAUAUUGUAGAAUAAUUAAUGUGUGA